UUGGCUGUAGUCUUUAAUGAAAUUCGUUCGCGGUCACAGCUCUUGAAACUGGUUGGAAUACGGGCUUAAAAGUUUGUCUGGCUUCCCAUAGAGAGAUUAAAAAGAAAAAAAGAAAUAAAGUAUUAAUCAACCGUUGUGGUUUGGCUUGUCGACCAAUAGUCAAGGUUACUGAAACUGCAUAAUUGAAGGAUGGGUCUACAUCAGAAUCUCGCAUGGGCUACCAUUGCCUUCAUAGGCGUCUCGUGUGUGUUCGCCGCUCCACAGCAAUCAUCAAAUGUGGAGAAAAACAUUCAGGAUAUAUUCAAUACGAAUCCAAGCGUGCCAAACUCGCCGUCUCGCGGUGGGAUUGCUGAGGUGGUUACACCGGUUCCCAUCGAUCCCUCAAAUCCGCUGAUUGACUUCACAUCGAUCAGCGGCAAGACGGCCAAUUGCAAUUGCGUGCCCUACUAUAUGUGCGAUCCAUCGACGAACAGCAUCACUGAGGAUGGUGCAUUCGAUGGCUUUGGCGUCAUCGACAUUCGUUUUGGCGAGGACGAUCCCGUCUGUCCCUCGUCCGUGGACGUUUGCUGUGCCGGCAAUCGCACACGCCAAGAGGUACUAAACCCAACGCCUUUGGAAAAGAGGCCAAACCAGCCGCGCGGCUGUGGCAUUCGCAAUGUCGGCGGAUUGGACUUCACUCUAACUGGCGCGACGCAGAACGAAGCCGGUUUCGGCGAGUUCCCCUGGACUGUUGCCCUUCUGCAUGCCAACAACUUCAGCUACUUCUGUGGCGGCUCACUCAUCCAUCCGCAAGUGGUGCUCACUGCAGUGCACUGCUUACUGUCGCAUGCUCCGGGCUCGUUCCUAGUUCGCGCAGGUGAAUGGGAUGCACAAACCACUAGAGAGCGUCUGCCGUAUCAGGAGCAGACGGCCAGGCAACUCAUUUUGCAUCCACAGUUCAAGAUCAGGAAUGUUGCAAAUGACUUUGCAUUGGUUAUACUCUCACAGCCGUUCACAAUGGGGGAUCACAUCAAUGUGGUUUGCCUGCCUGCCCAGGGCGCUAGCAGCACGGCUGGCACCACCUGCUUCUCCACCGGCUGGGGCAAGGAUGUCUUCGGUGCCGCUGGAAAGUACAGCGUUAUAAUGAAACGUGUGCCCCUGCCCGUUGUCGACUUCAACAGCUGUCAAUCACGGCUGCGUAACACGCGACUCGGUCCCAAGUUUGCCUUGGAUCGCUCGUUCAUGUGCGCUGGCGGCCAGCGGGGCGUCGACACCUGUCAAGGCGAUGGCGGUGCUCCGCUCGCAUGUCCAAUUGGAUUACCAUCGGAGAAUCGUUACCAACAAAGUGGCAUUGUCGCCUGGGGCAUUGGAUGCAAUGACGAGGUACCCGCUGCCUACGCCAAUGUCGCCUUAGCUCGUGACUGGAUUGAUCAGCAAAUGCUGAGCAACGGCUUUGGCACAACUACAUACUCAGCCUAAGUGGCUGAAGCUCAGAUAUCUCUUUGUCGCAAAUAAGAAAAGAAAUUAAAGAAACAAAAAACUUAUAUAUGAAACAA